AUGCCCCGCACGGAGGAGCAGGCCAGACGGUGGAACGGGCUAUCGACCGAGCAGAACGACUUUGUCGCCCGCAUCCUCGAAGACUGUCGCUCACUCGAGGAACAGGUCGAGGAAGAAGAGCAGCGCUUCCAGAUGACUCGCACGCUGGGAGAUCAGGAUCCGGAGGACGAGAUGGAGCGGCAGAUGCGCCGUAUUAAGGAGGACCGGGAGAUACAGGAGGCGGAGGAGGAAGUCGCGACGUACAAGGCGGCGAGUCCGGCCCCCGCUCGGGAAUCCUGGUCCACGCACUUUUCGCACGUCCCCGCCGCAAGCGACGGAAGCGAGUGCAGCUCGUCGAGCGAGAGCAGAAUCGAAGGGCCGCAAGGAUCGCCCUUCGUCUUGGUCCUCCUUGACGGGACCAAGGCGCCAUUCUUUCGCGGUGCACUCGGUCAAGGUUUUGUAGGUGGCAAGGACGUUGCGGUCAGGCUCAGGUGGGAGAUUGAAAAGGACCUCAAAGAACAUCCUGUACACGAUGAAGAGGGAGAAGGUGGUCACAUAUCGGCUCUGAAGCCGACCGUCGUCGCCUUCGUUCUAGUCGAUCCCCAAGUCCUCCUUCCCAGGCUGCAGAGGCAGCGCGUCGUCUCGAGCGCGGACACCUUCGACGCAUUCAUCCGUGGCUUUCAGACCUUUCCCGAGCACAACGUUGUUCAGACGGCCGACGGCGUAGUCGGUACCCUCGCGGACCUGCUCCUCAACUUCGGGCAUGCUUCGAAUCUCAAGCGUGUCUACCUGGGCGGCGUCGGGUACGCCCGCAUGUGCAACACGACGCCCGAAUUGGGCUCGAGCAAUAUCUCGUUCUACGUUGAUGUAGGCCCGAAGAUGGUUUUAAUCAACUGCUCCGAGACGCUUGAAGAGCACGAGGAGCUUCACAAGUCCGGUUGGCGCGUCGUCGACUUCAAGGGCUUGUUCGACGUCGACCUCGCCAAAGCGCCGUCUUUCGUUGGCUCACAAGGCUCGGCGGCUUCGACAGCGAGUAGCCUACAAUCGAGCGGCACGAACACCUUGAUCUCGACCCGAGCGGAGCGUUACCGAAGCUUUACCAAACCCGGCUCGAAGCACGUCUUCGCCCCGUCGAAGCGCAUCUUGCAGCAAGGCGAGUCAUUCCUCACUCCGCCGGAAUCUGGCGUAUCACUUACAACCCCCGAGACUCGACAGAUCCCGAAAUCUUUCGCGUUCAGCUGCGUGUGGCACUACGUCUCGGCGGAGGGUUGCAAGCAGGCGCCCUGCGACAGGAGCCACAAGUACGACCUGACCUCGGCCGGGCUGCAAGCGCUGCGCGAGGAAGUGUCAACGGUUCGCUGCAAGGAGAAGCUGCGGACGGGCCAAUGCAACUGGCGCAAGUACCAUGGAACGCCAUGCAUGUUUCGCCACGAUUUCGUCGUUCCGUCGGGGAACGGCAAGGGCAAGAGGCGGUGA